AUGACAAGCAGAGUCAAAAGCAUGCUUUUAAGACUCUCGUUGACUUUCGAAUUUCAGUGCAUUGAUGAUAGUGGAGAUGUGAUGAUGGAGUGCUUUAAUGAUUUAGAUGAUGACUUCUUCGGUUCAGUUAGGAAGAUGAUUCUUAGUAGAUACCCUUGGAUCCAUCUUUCUAGAUGUGCUAGUCAUGAAGUUGAGGCUCUUUUAGAAUUAACAUACCUACAAAUUCCUUUGAUUCAUAGGACUCUUCAGACGGCGAACUUGAUUUUCAAAUGUUUACACAAGCAUGAUUUUGAUUUGAUCCCAAGAAGAAAUCAUACGAGAAAUUGGCUUCGUCCUAGUUUGAUCAAGUUUGCCAUUGAAUUUUAUGUUCUACGUUCAGUUCUGGAAAUCGAAAAAGAAUUAAAGGCCUUGCAGCUACCUAAUGACCAAAAUGUCUUUGCUGAAGCUGAUGUUGUGUAUAAAGCUAUUCAUUCUACAGAAUUUUGGAGUAAUGGGAAAACGGUGCUGCAAGUUUUACAGCCAAUUUUUCAAGUUCUUGAGCUCGUAGAUUGCAAUGUCUCAACUUCAGGAUAUCUCUAUGAUGCAAUGAAGAAAGUCGAAAAUGCAUUUAAACAGCAUUGUGAAGGCGAUGAGGGAAUAAGCGCAGAGUUUAAAUUUGGGCGAAACCGUAUAAUAACUCCAAUGCAUGCAGCUGCAGCUUUUCUGAACCCUGCUUACAUGGGUAGCCAGAACUUCACAGAAGGCGAUGAAAUAAAGAAGGGUAAAUGGUGGGAGUGUUUUGGUGAUCGUUAUCCUAUACUGCAGAAGUAUGCAAUACGGAUCUUGAGUGAAACUUGCUCUACUUCACUAUGCUAUCCUUGUGACUUCCGGUCGAAUCAUUUGGUUGAUGAAUUCAGCAUGAACAUGAUUAUGAUGGAAAAUUUCAGGCUGUCGAAAUCACAGAGCGAUUUGGAGCCGAUUGCAGUUGAUAGAAUAAGUGGACUUCCUGAAUUUGCUGAUCAUGAAUAUGUUUUAGGAAUAUUGGAGUCUUUAGACUAG